AAGAAGACAAACAUGAGUCUGAAGACUCUGAACCCUCCUGCCUAUAUUUUCUAGGGUUUUGCAUUUUGGAAUCCAAAGCUACAAACAUUAAAGUUUAACAUUUACAAUUUAAAAUAAAAAAAUUUUAACAAAAAAUGGAAAUUAAUCAAGUACUCCUCCUACUCAUACUCAUUUUAUGGCUUGUUUUGAGUAUUUUUAAUUUAUUGUCUCUCAGAUUGUUAGGGUUUUCUCUGGAAUAUAAACCUAACUUAUGUGUUUUCUUGUUCUUCCCAUCACAUUGGUUUAAGUAGGAGGUGUGUUGGGUUUUUCUGAGGGUGUUAAAAAAAUGGUGAGUUUGAGUGAAAAGAAGAGCUAAUCUUAUGAAAGGGUUUCGACUUUUAUGAAGAUUUAGAGUCUGAUUUUGGUUUUAAGGGAAGGGUUGUUGUUGAUUUUGGAAAUGAACUUCAGAUUUUGAAGAAAUUUUGGGGAUUUUUCAUGAAACUCUAUUUUUUAGGGGUUUUCAGGGAUUUAAUUUAAUCACUGUGUUAGUGUAGGAUUUGAACUUUUGUGAAGAUUUGGGGUUUCAUUUUAGAUUAAAGCAAAGGGUUCUUGUUAUUUUCUCCAACCAGUUUCAGAUUUUAUAAUCCUCUGUUUUCAGGGUUUUCAGUGAUUUUACCCACUCUUUUUAGGGUUUUAGAAUCCAGAUUUCAUUCUGUAAACAAGAAGUAUCAUCUGAUCUUUAAGUGCAGUAUCUUUAACUUUUAACAAUCUUCAAAAGCACUGUUUUUAAAUACCGAAAGUUUUCUUCUUUUCAACUUUAAGUAGUACACAAAUCUAAGGGUUCCUCUUUAAAUCUGUGUUCAUCAUCUCUUUAGAGCAUUUUCAAUGGAUUUCUUCAAAGUGAAAGGCUUUAGAAAAGCUCGAAAACCCGUUGCAGAGAAAGAUUUAGAGGAUCAACCAGUUCCAGCACCAGAGGAUAUGAAAAUGGAGAAUGGGAAUGGAAAUGGGAAUGAGAAUCUUGUGAAUGAAGAGGAAGAAGAUGAUGAUGAUGAUUUCAUAUUGAAUGAAGUGAAAAAGAGAAUGAAAGAAUUAAGGAGGAAUAGUUUUAUGAAUUUGAUACCUGAAGAAUCAGUACCUGAAGAAGAGGAUGAUGAGACAACAAGUUCUAGUGGUGGGUUUAGAGAAAUGGGGGAUAUUAAUCAGCAGCUGCAAUUUUGUAGUUUUGAUUCCAGUUAUGAGAAGUAUUGCGAACUCAUGUUGUUCUUUGAUCGAAUGAUUGUUCAGCGAUUGAAUGAUUCAGGCACGCAAUUGCAGUCAAAAUCUCCAAGAUCUGCAUCUCAGAAGCUCGUAUCUACUUUUCGAACCCUCUCUUUCAAGAAAAAAGAGGAGCAUCCUCAAGAAAAUGGUGAGGAAGAGUACCUGCAGCCUCAGCAAGAUGAUCCAUACCAGGAUCUUGAAACAGCAUAUGUAGCGCAAAUUUGCUUAACCUGGGAGGCUCUUCAUUGCCAGUAUACACAACUAAGCCAGAAAAUAUCGUCCAAUCCUGAAAACCCUACAUGUUACAGCCGUGUUGCUCAGCUAUUUCAGCAAUUCCAGGUCUUAUUGCAAAGAUUUGUUGAAAAUGAGCCAUUUGAGCAAGGUCUCCGUCCUGAAAUUUAUGCUCGAACAAGAAGUUCCUUUACCAAGAUGCUUCAGGUUCCAAGCAUUCAAGUUGCUAAGAAGAUAGUGAAGGAAGGAGAACAGGAGGAUGAAGAAGAAGAGUCAGAUGAGCCAGUCCUUGCCUCUGACCUUAUUGAAAUAAUCAAGACUUCGAUUUUGACCUUUCAUGCAUUCUUGAAGUUGGAUAAGAAAAAGGAAAGUAAAAUUCUUAGUUUAUUUGGAGGUCAGAAUCAUAUUGCAAGUCCUCUUCAACUUGUUCAAUCUGCCCUUGAUAAGAAAAUGUUAAAGAUCAAGGAACUUCGUAAAAAGAAGAAAGGGUGGAAAAAGAAAACGUGGCCUGCAACAACAGAAGAAGUAGAGCUGUUAUUUGGACUCAUUGACAUUAAAGUUAUAUCUAGGGCGUUGAGGAUGGUUAGGAUUAGCAAGGAACAGUUGCUUUGGUGCGAAGAGAAAAUGAGCAAGUUAGAUGUAUCAGAGAGCAAGCUUAAGAGAGAUGGGUCUCCAAUCUUGUUCCCUUAUUAAAUCCUAAGGUACCUAAUUUUGCAUUCCUGGUUUUCUGAUUUUGUUAUCUAAUUCGAAGUUCUGAACAUACGGUAGUAUAUAGAAAAUAUGAAUGUAUACAAAUAUAGGUAGGUAGUAUGUACAAGUUAAUGUCAUUUUUAGUUAUUUGCUGCUUGCUACAGUAGAUAACAAAGAAUGAAAACAUAUGGUAGGAAUCAGGAAAAUUUUGUGGGAUGGUGUUCUUAUAUCCCUCGUAGAAGCAAAUGUUUGUAAUGUGGUUUGAUUUUGGGCCACAUGAUAUUUGCCUCAACUAAUUUUAUAUUAUAAAGGUCUGGAUCUUAGAAUUCACUA